UCCCCUUUAUCUUUCAUUGUCAAAAGUUAGUCCUCUCAGGUCUCAAGAGUUAAAUACAUGGAUAGAUUCAUCAUUUAGAGUAUCCAUAGGGGCAGAACCACAACUAAUCUCUGUCUUAUUCUUGCCCCUUGGGGUCUUGUUGCUGUUGUUCAGUUCUUGUGGGGUGACCUUCUGCUUACAUAAAAUCUAUCACUCCUUCAAUACAGAUAUGUUUUCAAUAUUUCAGGGAAGAAGCAAAAAGUAAAGCCUGCUAUCUAGAUCUUCUGAGAAAGGAAGUGAUUGAUGGAGGAUAAUAACUAUAACAGGCAGAGGAGUGGAAUAUGGAGAUGCUUGAGAGAUGGAGACUUUGAAGAAGAGGAAGUUUGGGCUGUUUUCAAGGACAGACCUGAUUACAACAAUAUUUCUGGUGUUCACAAGCCAAAGGAAAAAGGGUCGUCCUCUCCUCUUGCUGUUCCCAGGACUCUUCCAAGCGCUGCAAGGAUGAUUCCAAGGACUAGCAGUGGCAAUAGCAGUGCCAGUUCCUCUCAUGAAACCAAGGUUCUUCAGCAAUCAGCACCUCUCAACAUUCCUGACUGGUCACAGAUUUAUAGGAACAAGCCAAACAAGACCCCCAACAGUGUUUCAAAGUUUGGUGACUACGGUGAUUUCUACCAUUCUGUUGGUGGUGAAGGUGAUGAUGGUGAUGGUGAGGGUAUUGGAAAUUAUGGUGGAGGGUACAGUGAUGAUGAGGAAGAAGAAGAUGAUGAGUAUGACACAAAACUCCCCCCACAUGAGUUUAUUGCAAGAAGGCUUGCAAGGAGUCAAAUAUCCUCUUUUUCAGUUUUUGAAGGUGUUGGAAGGACCCUCAAAGGUAGGGAUCUCAGCAAAGUGAGGAAUGCUGUUCUCACAAAAACUGGUUUCCUUGAAUCAUUGUGAACCAAAUUUGUUAUGUAUAGAGGGGUAGCCAGUGCUUGGUUAGUUAUUCAGAUUGUGUGCAUGUUGUCUAUGGAAGAUUCAUUCAGGCUUUUACCAUGAUUCAACUUGGUUCUGGUGGCCAUUCAAACUGGCUUAUGUCUAAUUUAUGGUGUCUCUGGUAUAAAGCCAUUAAUCAUUUACAAGAACACAAGUGUUCUUAAGACCAAUGUCAUUUACAUUACCAAGUUAUUCACUAAAUCUUAUAUUCA